AUGUCAUCACUUCGAAUCGCUCACGACAAUCGCGAUCAAUUUUUGAGCAAUUCCCCACAACCCGUUUAUGUGGCCGAGCCUUUACAGGUGAACGAGGGUGCAUCGAUGCCACUGCAAUGGAAAAACGUCUACAUUCUGCCGGAGCACACGCGUCUAAAUGUCUCAAAUCGAGAGAUCAUCUUCUCGAUCAUCGAGAGUCCCCGUCAUGGAGUGUUGAUGCUAGCUGAAAGUCUUGUCUCAUCUUUCACUUAUGCUGAUUUGUUGGCGCGAAAUCUCGUCUAUAAACACGAUGGAAGUGAAACGAGAGAAGAUCAUUUCGAUUUUCAGAUCGAGUUUCCGAAGACGGCGAAUUUCGAUUUCCCGUGGAUCGAGUCAACGGUUUAUACGCUGAAAAUCCGGAUCAAUGCCGUUAACGAUCCGCCCGAGUUAAGCGAUUCGAUUAGUGGAGGAGUGGUGAAAGUGACUGCUAAGGGAAGUCGAGCUCUCACUGCGGAUAUUUUGCGUUUAAAUGAUGUGGACGACUCGCCAGAUACGGUACGCGUGCAAGUGGUGGAGACGAAAGGAGCGCAUAUAUCGGUGGGAAAUCGGAGUGUCACCGAGUUUACUCAACGACAAUUGAUCAAUGGAAAGGUACGAAUCGUCGAUGAGGGAAUCUCCGAUCAUUCGGUGAUUCGUUUAGUGGCAAGGGAUAACGAGGCGAGGAGUGCGGUGAUAUCUUUGCAGAUCGUUUCUGUGGCGAUCGGUGUCCGCGUCGAGUUCAACACUGGCCUCAAAUUGUUGCAUCAUGGAUCAGCAGGCAUUGCGAAGCAGAAUCUCUCCUUUUCGGCCACUGUACCCGAGCUGCCGCUUCACUAUCGAAUUGUCGGCUUACCGGAGCACGGAGUUGUCGAGUGUUCGCCACCAAAUGGACAUUUUCACGUUUGCACAACGUUUUCACAGAGUCAAGUCGACGGUGGACUUGUCCGCUUUCGGCACACCGGCAACGGACAACCCUCGCACGAUAUUUUCUCGUUUCAAGUCGAAUCGGGCGAUUUUGUCAGCAUGGUGCACACCUUUCGACUCACUUUCAUCCCAAUGAAUAUUAAGGUAUUCAAUCGAGAGAUCUUCUUGCUGAAUGGCACGGAAAUCGGCACGCUGGAACGAGGGAAUCUCUUCGGGUGGACUUUCCCGAAAAGUUACUCGCCCGAGAAUUUGGUUUAUCAUGUUAUAGAACCACCAAAGUAUGGGAUUUUGUCGAGGAAAAUUGGUGCCAGAAAUCGCAGGAUUGGAGUCUCAUCGAAUUUCACUCAACAGGACAUCGACUCUGGUUCUCUUUCCUACAAACUCCAUUUCAUGCAAUACUCGAUUCUCAAUGAUUAUUUUCUCUUUAAAAUCAUUGCUCCAUCCGUACAAUCAGAGACUCAACGUUUCGAGAUCGUUUUCCUACCAUCGCCUGCCUCGAUUCAUUUAUUGAAUCGAACAGUUGUUGUUGAUGAGGGAAUGACGACAUCGAUCACCUCCGAUUUUCUCUCAUUGUCGACUCCGGAUGAUAAAAAUUUCCUUUUCACUGUUGCCAUUCCACCACAAUUCGGGUUUUUGGCAGUGAAAGAUCAAAAAGGUCAACUCUAUCAACUGAAAGCUGGACAGAAUUUCACCACCGCUCACAUCACGGAGGGACGUCUUUUCUACAACCAUACCGGCUCGGAAUCUCGUUUCGAUCGUGUUUCGCUUGUGGCCGAAUCGGCUUUUCGUGGUGGGACGAGAAUCCCUCUAUUGCUGACAUUUUCCAUUAUUUUACACAACGACAAUGCGCCGAGGCUGACUGGAGAGGAAACAAUUUUUAUGGAACCAAAAGGCGAACGAGUACUCUAUCCAUAUCUUUUAGAAUGGAAAGAUGAGGAUAUUGAUUCGAUGCCGCUACAGUUCUCAUUCGAUUCGGGCUCAAAAGACGCGUCACUUUUGUCGACUCUCUCACCACAUUUAACAACAAAUACAUUCACUCAAGAGGAUCUCAUCAAAAAGAAAAUUAUGAUUCGACAUUUGGGGAAUCGAGAUAAUUUCACGAUGAGGUACACGGUUUUCGAUGGGAAACAUUCUGUGACCGCAUCUUUGAGAAUCAUAGCUCGUCAACCAUUCAUCGAAAUUGGAGUGGCUGAAUUUGUCUACUGUUGUCAACCGGGCGAUCGGCCGCAAAUCGAAGUGACUCGUGGAAAUCUGUCGGUGAAAACGAAUGACGAUGUGGAUUUGGCAGAGAUUCUCUACUCCACCCCAAGCGUGCAUUUCGUUUUGAAAAGGAAUGGAACGGCGAGGGUGGCAUCAAGCUUCACACAACAAGACAUUGCUGACGGGGCACUUUUCUAUACCGUCCACUCAGCUAAACAAGAGCCGAUCACCGUCAGCAUUGGGGUAAAGAAGCUGCAAGCUGAAAUAAUCCUAACCCUACGAUCCCUGGGCGCCUCAUUGGAGUUGCGACGAUCCGAGGCGCUCUCCGUGCCUGUUGGCGGAGCUACAACGAUUGAUAACAACACUCUACUACAGAGUGAUGGCGUGACUCGAUCUGGCCAACUCGUCUACACGAUCAAUCGACACCCCACCGCUGGGCAUCUCGUUUUGGAUGACGGUUCUUCAUAUGUUUCCUCAUUCACUCAAUUCGAUAUCGACACCUCUCGCCUCCAAUAUCUUCACACGGGUAAAGCGGCCGGUCGAGACUCGUUCACUCUGCAAAUCCGAAGUCCUCAUGCAUCAAAAGGACCCUACACAAUCUAUAUUGAUAUCUACGAACAUCAUGUCACUCUCAACACCUCAUCAAUCCACGUACUCUCCGGUGGAAGUGCUGUUUUAUCACCGAAAUCGAUUGGUGUCCAUUCGUCGGAUAAAGAUGAUUAUAUGCUGAAGAUUGUCUCCCCGCCGAGAUCUGGAUGGAUUUCGAAUCUUUUCAAAUCAAUCAUUUUCGAUUCCUUUGCCGGAAGUGAGCUGCGCGAGCGUCGAAUCGUCUACGUCUCUGACAAAGCGGCGAAUGUCGAUCGGGAUACUUUUCAGAUAAUCGCUUGUAUCAGUGAGAACACGUGCACAAACGCGAAACAAGUCGAGCUGCUCGUUGCACAACAGAAUAAACAAAGUCCACUCCUGAUUCGAAAUGAAAUUUUGAGGGUAUCCAGUACAAAUCAAGCGCUCAUUACAAAUAGCCACCUCGGAACUGAGGACGUCGACACGCCAUCCGAGCAAAUCGCCUAUCUGAUCUCGAGACCGUCUAAUGGAUUUGUGGCCAGGCUCGUGCAACCCGAGCUUCCGAUUUACAACUUUUCGCAAAGGGAAAUCGAUGAUGGACUAUUAGCUUUUUACAAAAGUCCAAAUGCGACUUUUGGCUCUGGUGGCUUCUCGUUUUUGCUUUCCGAUGGAUUGCAUCAAGUUGGGCCCGAGUGGUUUACCAUUGAGACAUCGGAUAGUCAGGUUAACGUGAUUCUCGAGGCGAAUUCGCGUCUCCUUUGUGCGCCGGAUGCAAAUGCGAUCAUCAGCGUUGAUCUGCUUAGAGCCAACAUUCCCGGGGCCACCGCCAGUGACAUCCGUUUCUCGAUCAUGAAAGCGCCGAAGUACGGAAAACUUCUCCUCAACAACGUCGAGAGUCAUCGUUUCACGCAAAAUGAUAUCAAUCGUCGCCUCGUUUCGUAUAAAGUUCUCUCAACAGAGCACACGAUUUGGUCAAGGCGUGACUCGUUCUCAUUCACCGUCACCGCUAACAGCACAACGAAAGCCCCAGAAGAGCACAGAUUCCGAAUCUCAUCCACUUAUGCGGCACUUGGGGGUGAUUCGCUGAAAGAUUUCGUCACAACGAACGCCAUCUACGUUUCAAAAGGUGGCUCCACUGCACUCAAUCAAACCUAUUUGAAUCUGGAGAAGUUGGCGACGAUUGUUUCAAAAGAGAUCUUAUUGAUGGAGAUUGCGAAACAGCCACGGUAUGGAGACAUUGAGUGGCUGGAUUUGGAGAGAAGAGUGCUCCCGUGGAUUGACUUUUUUCGGGGAUGGCCACUCAUUUACAGGCAUAAUGGAGAUUCGGAUCGUGACGAUGAAUUGGCUCUAUUCGUCUAUCCGGUCAGCGAGUCAACGAGGAGUGCGAGUAGAAUAAGAAUCACGAUUCCCAUUCGAAUCCUACCACUCAGAGAUCCACUUUUAGAGAUCAUCGCCUUUCCCCGAAUGAUUUCCUGUGUCUCUGGGGGUGCUAAUCCGCUCGAUCAGACGCAAUUCUUUGCCCGUCAUCCAUCCGUUCCAUCGCAAAGUAUCAUCUAUCAAGUGGUGCAAAAUGGUCGCAACGGUGCCCGGGUGCGCGUGUCGCACCGAAAUCGGGAAAUGUUCUCGCAAGAAGAGCUCAACCAGGGUUUGGUCUCCGUCGUGCACACUCCUCCUUUGUCCGGCUCGGCGCCAUCAGAUGUGAUCGUUUUCUCGAUCGAGGGCCUACAUAAAGCAUUGAUUGUUAAGAUCCGACCGCUCGACUUGGCCCUCGAGAACCACACCACAAUCUACUAUCCUCAAGGGAAAACCUAUGUAGUGCUAAAUAGAUCUCAUCUGGGUGCUUUCUCGAAUGGGGACCGCACGAAAAUCGCUUACAAAAUCGUGGUCCCGCCGGAGAAUGGCACAUUCUAUUGGGUUGCGGGGGAGAAAGAGGCGAAAGAAUUUACACAAGACGACAUCGACAACGGUCGCGUCCUCUACGCACAGUUGAACAUGCACUCGUUUAAGGACUCCUUCGAAUUCCAAGUGGCCAAUGCGGGCAGGGACACGGUGAGAAAUCGAUCGGAGAUCCUCGUUCGAUCACUCGUCAUUGCUCAGCCUGUUAUUGUCGAGGCCAACACAACCACCCAAAUCACAAGCUCUCAGCUGAACGCGAGUGCACUCGAGGGCUCAACUCCUCGUUUCCUUGUGGCAAAAGCACCGAAAUUCGGCCGUAUCACCCUCGAUCCAACUUCUGCCCAUUCAGCUCUUUUCUUCACCAACAAUGACAUUGCCAAGGGGAAAGUCUUGUAUCAGGCUUUUGGUAGCAGAGAUGAGGUAACGGAAAAUCUCGAGUUGGAAAUCCGAGCCGACAGUGUACAGCCAGCUCGUCUAAUUCUGCCGAUCACUAUUCUCCCGUCAGAAGAUUCGGAAAAUGGACACGCACAGCAAAAACACGAUGAGGGAAAUGCUGAGGAAUUGGAUGAUGAAAGUGAUAUAACAUUCCCGAGACUCGUCAAACCGGAUUACCUCUUGCACAUUUCCCUCUUGGCCGGUAUUGUGCUCAUCGUGAUCAUCAUCAUGAUUUGUCGUUUCCGCUCAGCGAACAAGAAAAAGCAACGCCGAAAAUCGAUGAAACUCGACGAAGCCGGAGAAGCGGAUCGCUUGGCCACCCCUCGUUUAUCGCUGGAAAGACCGGAUCUAUUGGGGACAACGGUUUUUGCAACAGUGCGAAGUUCGGAGAGCGGCCGACUACUCGAGGCACACAAAAGAGAGUUGGAAGAGAAAGCGUCUCGGGCCCCAUUGCGGACAUUUGAGGGAUCUCGACCGGGCGGCUCAAUGCCUUCAUCGUCACACUAUCACUCAACGCCAACACCUCGAAGCCAGCGUCGACAUGCUCCAUCUCUCGACUACGCAGGACUUUCCGGUGACACUCCACCAGCGAUGCCACUUUUUCAGCAACUUUCUAAACCAACGGGUGAAACACAACAUUGGGUA